CCGGGGCGUCGCCUUGGUUACCGAGGCGCUGGCGCGAGCGAGCGGGGCUCGCAGGAGCCGGGAUGGCGGCAGUGGCGCUGAGGCUCGGGAUCCUCCUCCUCCUCCUCCUGCUGCUGCCGCCGCUCCCGGCCGUUAGGGGGGUCUCGGGACAGAGCCGCUCCGCCAGCGCCACCCCGCAGCCCUCGGCGGGCUCGGGCCCGCCCGCCCCCUCUGUUCCAGAGACUCCCCGCCGCCCCGCCGCCAGCCCCACAGCUCCCGGGCCCGGCGUGGGCUCCUCCCCAGCCCCGGAGUCGCCGCCGCCAGAGACCCCCGCUCCGCCCGCCGCCUCCCCUGCGCCAGCGGCCCGGGCAGGGCCCGGGCCUGCCCCCGUCACAGACGUUGCUACAUUGUGUGUUUGUGACCUCUCGGUGGCACAGUGUGAUGUAAAUUGCUGCUGUGACCCAGACUGCAGUGCCGCAGAUUUCAGUCUCUUUACUACAUGUUCAGUUCACAUUGUCACAGGUGACAGCCAGCUUUGCACUCAGGAAGCAGCUAUAUAUUCAAUCAGUGUUACAGCACAUCCACCUGAAAGGAUAUUUAAAUUAGUUGAUCAGAACAAUCCAAGUAUUUUCUGCAUUCACGCUACAAACUAUAAACAAGCACUGUCCUUUAUUCCUCCUGAAAUGCCUACUUCACAAAAUUUUGAUAGUUUGCUUAAACAGUUUGAAGGUGUUACCUUCAGUGCUGAAUCUGAUGUUCUCUUGAAUACUGAAUUAGAUGCUCAGAAUUUCUCUGAUACAAAUGAAACUGCUAGAUAUGAGUAUGGUGUUCCUAUCCAGACGGCUGAUGCAUUUCUGAGAUUGCCUGCUCCCCUUGUCUCCUCUCAGUGCUCCGAUGCUAAUCCUGCAGGUUUUCUAGUAAACCAGGCUGUGAAAUGCAGUAGAAUGAUAAAUGUGGGAAAUUGUAACACCACUCAAGCACUUAGUAUGCUGUUUUACACCAACUCCAGCAUUUUAGCAGUACCUAAGUCAAGUCAGCUGGUUAAUGUUACUCUCCAGACCAUAACUGUCCAGUCUCUGAGUGGAACACGUACUCUGCUUAACAGUAGUGAUGUCCUUUUGCUCCCCAAGAAUUUAGAUAAUCAAGUGUGCAUAAAUGUAGUUCUUGGGGUGAGUUAUUCUAUUACGUACACGGAUGCAGGAGAAAUAACAGAUGCAGCUGUUUCUUUCGUCCUGGGGACAAUUAACACUAAAAUGCUUCCAAUACAGCAAAGCUUUGAAAUCACUUUUACUCAGCUAAACACAAAGCCAGUCCCUCUUAGUGGAAAUCCCGGUUAUGGUAUUGGAUUGCCUCUGAGGGCAGGAUUUAGACCUACCGGAUCUGGCAUUAUUCAGAGCACUAAUACACAUGGUCAACUUACUGUUUUGCAAAGCUCAUCUAACCAGGACUGUCUUGCUGUAGAAGGAGUCAGAACCCCAGUAUUAUUUGGUUAUAAUAUAAUAUCUGGUUGUAAACUAAGAAUCACUGCAAGUACAGAAUGUCAACUCUUGGCCAAUAUCAUCUUGAAUGUACUGAAAGGACAAAAUUUUCCAGAAUAUGUAGCUUCAUUUGGAAAUUCUCAGGCUCAAGAUGUAUUGGACUGGGUGCCAAUCACUCACAUCCAAUCUUCAGAACAGGGCCUGUGCCAAAUCCCAGUAUCAUUUGAAAUAGAAGUGAAGUGGACUAAAUAUGGAUCUUUGAUGAACCCACAAGCUAAAAUCGUGAACGUCUCAGCAACGGUCAUUACUACCAUACUGGCCCAGACUCAUUUUGGAAGUGAAAGAACUAUUCAGAUAGCAAGUUCUGUUACUUUUGUUGAUGUUUCUACACCAGCAGAGCCAGGCUAUAAAGCUCCACCAACUAUUGAUGCCAAGUUACCCUUUGAUUUUUUCUUUCCAUUUGUUUAAUAGCUUCAGUUACGCAGUUCCCCUUUUCUGCAGCCCACAUGCAAAUGAAAAUGAAGAGCAAGAACAGAAGAAAUAAUACACUGCAGAGUAUUCAAGCCUGCUGCUGAGGACUCCCAGCUUAUCUGGAUGUAGCUGAUGUGGUUCUUCUCUUGUUCAGAAUUGCACGUGCUGGGACUAAUUGCACAAUUAAGUACAACAGCACCUCUGGAAGUGAACGCUACCCAGCAACAGGAUGAUACAACCAGAGCAAAGAUUAGCGAGGAAGCUCCUCUGACAGAAGACAAAUGGGAAUAGAGCAGGAGGUGGUUUAGAGACAGGGUAAUGCUGAGCUGUAAACUAAGUGACCUUCCUCAGACUGCACUCUUACCUUGGUUGUCUUCUUACAUUGCAAGCUCCUACUGCAUAUUGCAAAUGAAGAACACAGCAAAAAACAGCAACUCCUUGAAAUAAGUUGUGCCCCCAAUAUUCACAGCUUUGUAAAUAUAACUUUAUUAAAUUUGUUGCAGCAUUGACUGUACAGCGAUACAGUUAAAGAUUUAUGCAAUAAAAUUGUUUAAGGAA